AUGUCUCCCUCACCAUUCUUUCCGGCCAUACUCAGCUUGGCUUGCCUCUGGAUAACUGCAUUAGCGGACACUCAACAUGGACUACAAUUGAAGCUUUCCCUAGCAGAUGGGCUUGUGAGCAGCAGCGUUACUGGUCGUGUUCUGGUUCUUUUCGCACCGCUCGGUGUGGACCCUCUGGCAUCCACGGACGUCGCGUCUACGCCGGAUUACUUCUAUGGCAAGAAUGUGUUCAAUCUCAACGCUGGCGAUACGGUGACGCUUUCUGGCGGUAGCGGCAGCGACACCAGUUAUGGAGUCUGGGGCUUUCCGAAUGCCAGCUUGGACGACUUACCUACUGGACAAUACACCGUUCAGGCAUUUUUGAACCGAUAUGAGACUGUAACCCGUAGCGAUGGCUCGCAGAUCAGCGUCCGCUUCCCCUGCGGUGAUGGUCAACCACCUAUUGACGCCCCUGGAAGCCUUUUGACUCCAGUGACCAAUAUUACGAUUUCUGGAAACUCCCAGACUGUCAAGCUCACUUUCGACGACACUGUGCCUCCGCUUACUUUCUACGGUAAAGAGAUUGGCGGCUGUCUUCAAGGCAAUUUUAAUGAUACUGAGCUUCUGAAACACAUCAAGAUUCGCAGCGAUGCUCUGAGCAAGUUCUGGAAUAGGGAUAUGUAUGUCGGUGCUACCGUCUUACUUCCACACGGAUACCAAGCGAGCGACACAAGCACACGAUAUCCCGUCAUUUAUUCUCAGAACCAUUGGGCCGGAGGUCAGACUGCAUUUCUUCAAUACGACGAGACUUAUAACUGGGUGGAUCCUUGGUAUAACGGUACCAUUCCGGGAGUGAAUGGUACCGCAGAUCGAAAGACACCGAGAUUGAUCUUGGUCAGCUUCCGACAUGAAUCGCCGUACUAUGACAAUUCAUACGGGGUCAACACGGCGAAUUUCGGACCCUACGGCGACGCGAUCAACGAGGAGCUCAUUCCUCAUAUCGAUAAGCUUUUCAAUACGAUUGCCAAGCCAUACGCGCGCAUCCAGGAAGGUGGCUCGACGGGUGGAUGGGUAUCUGCUGCCAAUGUCAUCUUCCGACCGGAUCUGUUCGGCGCUUGUUUCUCUUCUUACCCGGAUCCUUUGGACUUCCAUCGUCAUCAGGACAUUCCGUUGUAUGACGCUACAAAUGCAUAUACGAGACCGGAUGGAAGCAAGAUCUACUCAUUCCGGGAUGUGGUUGAUGGUACUCUGACGAAUGUGGACACCGUAGAGGAGGAAAACCAUUGGGAAUUGUCGCAGGGGACUUCGUCGCGAUCCGCCUUGCAAUGGGAUGUCUGGAACGCCGUGUUUGGCGUUCAGGGUCUGAAUGGCUAUCCCCUCGAGCCGUGGGAUAAAGUCACCGGAGAGAUUUACCCGGAAGCGGUGGAAUUCUGGAAAUCCAUGGAUUUGUCCAACUACAUCACCAGCAACUGGGACAACGAGAAAGAUCUGGGAACAGUUCUUCGCAACCGAAUCUUCAUCUAUGUUGGCAGUUGGGAUAACUACUUCCUCAAUGAAGGCGUCGAGGAAUUCCGGAAACGCGUCUCCGCCAAAGGGGGAUCGGAUUGGGCGAAUGUUACCGUUUUCGCGGACGAGCCGCAUGAAGAUGGACUCUACCAGAAGCGGGAGAUUUGGAAUUACUUGGAGUUCCUGGAAGGCUGGAUUCGCGAUCACUCCCCGAGUGGUAAGACGCCACUGUCUGAUGCUGUUACUACUUCCAAGGCGAGAGGGAAUCUCUGGAGCGAUGUGAUUGCGAGAGGCGGACACCAGGCUGCUCUCGCACGGCAGGCUGCGCCAGAGCUGAAGGUGGGCAAAGCAGGCCUUGAGGCGAGUCCGGGGCGUUGGGAUCCUGGCGUGGUGCUUACUGCGCAGUGGGUUGUUGAUGGGAAGGCUUCGGGGGAAGCAUUCAAUGUGAAGCAGGGUGACGUUGUUGCGUACAAAGCUACGUCUCAAUCUCGGAAAGGCGCUGUGCAGCUUGCUGUCACGGGAAGGAAACGUGGGUAUUCUGACGAGACGAGGAAAAGCAACGCUCUCGAGACUACCUUAUAA